AUGGAUCACGGCCAAGCCGUCAGAUCGCCGCUGGACCAACUCGAGGCACAGGUUAAUCUUGUGUUGGAACACACCGGACGUUUGUUUGCGAAUAAUGCCAGAAACCACGGUCAAAUCAACAACCCUCAACGACUGAAGCAAGUCAUUGCGGGUGCAAACAAUUCCUUCCACGAUGCCUUAGAUCAGCUUGAGGGUGAAUUGACUCUGGCACGCGCGGUGAUGCGUCGUGAUCUCGCAGUGUAUCGCUCACAACGAGGAGCCAAACUGAAGCCUGACGCGAAUGUAUCAGUACCACCAGUCGGAGAUGGAAACACCACCACGAUCAGCAUGGACGACGACAUCAUUAUGGGCGAGUCACCAAUUGAGGACUCGAAGCCUUCACCACCCAAGGAAAUAAUUCCACAGCCAGAGGAAGAACAAACAGGGAAACCAAACUCGCCACUUCACCUCGACAUUCCUGGCCAGGAUCACCAAGCACCAGGCCACCCCGGCGACGAAAACACAGGCACCUACAGCAACUUCGACUUCGAGUCCCUCUUCAACGAUCCAAGCAGCGCAGGCGCCGCCUCCCGUGCAAGUCCCAAAGACAUACCCAUACCCUCACCACCAACCCAACCUCAGGUUGAACCUCCAGCUGCGCCUCCGGCCGAAGAACCAAAGCCGGCUCCUCCUACACGAACCAUCACCAUCCCUGACGAACCCAUCAAACCUGCCUCCUAUAACGAACCCGACGAUGGCUUCGACUUUGCAGACCUUACGAACUUCGGCCCAGACACGGAUAUGCAAGAUACCGAUGGCAUUUCCUCUCUCCUCCCCGGUCUGGAAAGCUACGCCAACUCCGGCGGUGGUAAUGGGGGUACAGAUUCAAACCCACAAUCCGUACCUGCAGACUUCAACAUCUUCGACGCAGCUGGUGCAGGAGACUUUGGGAGCGCGCAACCUCAGGACCAAAAGACUGAUGCUAAGCAAGAUGGACAAGACCAGCCUGAUAUGGGCAACAGAGAUGACACUUUUGAUGAUAUCAUGAACUUUACCGAGUUUGACAUGGGUGAUUUCUCGGGAGGUGGUGAGAGUCAGGGCGGAGAAAGCAAGUUUGAUGCCUCCUUCUUUGAUAUUUGA